GCCACUGCCGCUGCCACUGCUGCACUCAAUUCUGAAAGUAAUUCCACCUCCACGAUUUUAUUUUCAUCCACUAAUUCCCAAUUGCUGCUAUUGCUGCAUCCACACUCUCAAUCCAAAAGUGUUUUCUACAAUCCCACUUAGGAUCCUUGAUUCGUCCUCACACAGCUGCAUUAACCAAUCUUAAGUGGUUCUUCUUCCCUUGAUUUGUUUCCCACGCGCAUCUCUCCUCCACUCUCCAAAUUCUUCCUGACCAGACCUUGCCAUCUUUGCGGCCAGCAUUCAUCUUCAUCUACACACAUUCUUUGGCCGUCUUCAUUUCGUCGGGCAUUUUCAAACACAAAGGCUCUUUUAUCCUCUUAUCCUCUAGAUAAGCCUCGACGCUGUCCUCUUCUUCGAACCAGAAGCUCGACUCCCUUGACGCACCACCGAUCUUCCUAUCCGUUUCCUUCUGAUUGCGACCAUGGCCAACGACGCUACUCCUGUCAAUGGCUUGUAUGCGAACAACCAGUUCAGCCAGCCAGCUGAGCUUGCCGCAUCAACGCCGUCUGCACCAGCGCAUGCUCCGUCUGCCAGCCAAAGUACUACCACCUCCACCUCUGCCCAAAAGGCAGAUCCCCAGGAGAUCGGUUGGUACUUUGUUGAGCAAUAUUAUACCACCCUUUCAAAGAGCCCCGAAAAGAUCCACCUGUUCUACUCCAAGAAGUCGCAGUUAGUCUCUGGCGUCGAAGCUGAUAAAGUGAUCCCUGCCGUUGGUAGCAAGGCUAUUAGCGACAAGAUCAAAACCCUCGACUUUCACGAGUGCAAAGUUCGCGUCCUCAAUGUCGAUUCCCAGUCUUCCUUCUCCAACAUCGUUGUCCAAGUCAUUGGCGAGAUGUCAAACAAAUCCGAACCUCAUCACAAAUUUGUCCAAACUUUUGUUCUCGCUGAGCAGCCAAAUGGUUACUUUGUUCUGAACGAUAUUUUCCGAUAUCUCAAGGAUGAGGAAGAUGAGAUUGUUGAAGACGAGCAGACUCAAGAAGAGAUUCCUGCAGAGGAGCCGCCUACCCCACUUGAUGGCCCUGCUGCAGCAGAGCCUGAGGUUAAGGAGGCCGUCACCACCCAAACUGCUGCCGAACAGGUGGAUGAGAAGCUCGAAAAGCAAGAAGUACCUUCAGCCGUCGAUGCCGAAGUCAAUGGUGCUUCUGUGCCCGCCGAGGUUGACCAACCUGCUUCCCACGACGAGGUUCCCCAGGAAUCUACCAAAGAUGCCGAUGUCCAAGCUGCACCUGUUGCGCCUUCUGAACAGAAGGUCGAAGACACUGCUGCUGCUGUUGCACCCGCUGAAACCACGCCUGCUCCAGAGGCCCCACCUGCAAAGAAAACUUGGGCAAGUAUGUUGGGUGGAGGUGCUAAAGCCCCAGCUGUCCCUGCACUUCCAGCAACCACCACAACCACCUCGAACAAGGCUGCACGUCCUGCUCAACCCGCACAGCCGGCAAAGACAUCUGCAGAAUCCUCCCCGGCGGCCGCUGUCUCCGACGCUGGCGCAGCCUCUGUGGCUCAGAGCAACGGUUGGCAAACAGCUGACCAUGGCAAGAAGGCCAAGCCACAGAACAAACCCGAAGAAAUCACACUUGCAUAUAUCAAGAAUGUGACCGACAAGGUCGAUGGUGAGGCUCUUCGCAAAGCGCUCGAACGAUAUGGCGAGAUUAAGUAUUUUGAUAUUUCGAAGCAGAGGAAUUGUGCCUUUGCUGAAUUCAGCAAUCCAGCGGGCUAUGCAGCAGCCUCGGCUGCAAACCCGCACAAGAUCGGCACCGAGCUGGUCUAUGUAGAAGAAAGACGCCCCCGACCUGACGCAUAUGGCGGUGCCAACACAGCCUUUGCUCGCGGUGGAGGGAGAAACACCCCUCGUGGAGGUGGACGUGGUGGAAAUUUUGCCAAAGAUGGAGGUCGUGGCAAUUUCCAAGCCCGUGGAGGCAAGCCUGGCAAUGUUACCCCCAAAGGACGCGGUCAAGCCCCGACCGCAUGAAAUGCUCAAGGAAGACUUGUUGCAUCGGUCUAAGUGCUCCUCGUCCCACUCUCGACCUCGACUGCUACAUCUCCCAGACGGACUGCGUGCGAAUGAGGCAAGUGGCAGACCCCUUGGAGAAUUCACAAAAGUAAAGGAGAUGAUUUCCAUGACUUCCUGAGCCGGCGCAUUUGGAAAAAAGUUGAUUGACUCAUGUUCCCCGUCAUGCAAGGAUUUUUUUCGCAUAGCAAGCUCUCGGGUGGAAGGAGCAAUACCGACGUGGGAUUAUUUUUUUCAGGAACAGAAACAGGCUGAUAGUGCAGCUCGAGCAGGGAUCUCAGCCUCGAACAUUCUAUCUCAGUCAGGUUAUACAGGGUCGGGGCACAGCGACGUCUGGCAGCAGAAUCAUGUACUUUUGUAUCCAUCAGGGUUAUUUGCAGACGUCUGUCCCAGGAUACCCUUGGUGGGGUGGAAGUUUGUACUGUACAUCAGCUCGAAUUAGAUGAGAAAUAAUGAUGGUGGCUAGUAGCUCUUGGUGCUCAUGCCCAUCAAGGUUGA